AGCGCGCGGCGUUACGGUUGGAGUUGAAGAUGGCGAGCGCAGAGACCGCAGCGGAACAUGAGCGGAUCCUCCGGGAGAUUGAAAGCACUGACACAAACUGUAUCGGUCCCACACUCCGAUCUGUGUACGAUGGCCAGGAGCAUGGGCUCUUCAUGGAGAAGCUGGAGGGACGGAUUCGCAACCAUGACCGCGAGAUCGAGAAGAUGUGUAACCAUCACUUCCAGGGCUUCGUGGACUCCAUCACAGAGCUGCUUAAAGUUCGUGGAGAGGCGCAGAAACUCAAGGGUCAGGUGACUGAAACCAAUCAGAAGCUGCAGAACAACGGCAAGGAGCUGUUGGCGUCAAUGGACGAGUUGAGGCGAUGCCGUUUGCAACAGAGGAACAUCGCCACCACCAUCGACAAACUCACACACUGCCUUCCAGUGCUAGAAAUGUACAGCAGACUGCAAGAACAGAUGAGGGCCAAAAGAUACUACCCUGCGUUAUGCACGUUGGAGCAGCUGGAGCAGAACUGCCUGCCGAAGGCGGGACAGUAUCGUUUCUGCACCAUCAUGGCCGAGAACAUCCCCGUCCUGCGCACACACAUCAGAGACGUCUCCAUGUCUGACCUCAAAGACUUUCUGGAGAGCAUACGUAAACACUCGGACAAAAUUGGAGAGACUGCCAUUAAACAGGCGCAGGUGAGGAGCUCUCGGGACAGUGCGGUCACACGGCAGCAGCGGACAGGCAGCGGGUGGAGAUUGCGUAAGGAGGCGGGGUCAGGUACAGAUGUGGACCGGUCAGGUGGCAGUCCUCUUUCAGAAGAGGAUUCUGGGAUACUAGAUGUAGAGGAUGAGGAGGAAGAUGAGGUUCCUGGUGCUCAGGACUUAGUGGACUUCUCUCCUGUCUAUCGCUGCUUGCAUAUCUACACGGUUCUGGGCGCCCGGGAUACGUUUGAGAACUACUACAGGAAACAGAGGAGGAAACAAGCUCGACUAGUGUUGCAGCCACAUUCAAACAUGCACGAAACCCUAGAGGGAUACAGGCGGUACUUCAAUCAAAUUGUAGGUUUUUUUGUAGUGGAGGACCACAUCCUGCAUACAGCACACGGCCUAGUGAACAGAGCGUAUGUGGAGGAGUUAUGGGAGCUAGCUCUGUCAAAGACCAUUGCAGCGCUGCGUACUCACUCAUCAUACUGCACUGACCCUGACCUGAUUCUGGACCUGAAAAGCCUUAUAGUCCUGUUUGCAGACACUUUACAGUGUUAUGGGUUUCCAGUAAAUCAGCUGUUUGACAUGGUGCUUGAGAUGAGAGAUCAGUAUGGAGAGAUUUUGCUGAAAAAGUGGAGUCAGUCCUUUAGAGCAAUCCUUGAUCAAGACAAUUACAGUCCCAUUCCUACAGCAACAGAAGAAGAGUACCAGCAAAUCACAAGCCAGUUCCCCUUCCAAGACUCAGAACUAGAAACGAUGUCUUUUCCAAAGAAGUUCCCAUUUUCAGAAUUUGUGCCCAAAGUCUACUCGCAACUCAAAGAGUUUAUAUAUGCUUGCCUCAAAUACUCCGAGGACCUGCACCUUAGUUCUACAGAAAUUGAUGACAUGAUACGCAAGUCAACUAACCUGCUGCUCACAAGAACUCUGAGUAACUGUCUGCAGUAUGCCAUCAAGAAGAAGAAUGUGGGACUGGCAGAGUUGGUUCAAAUCAUCGUAAACACGACACACCUUGAGUUGUCAUGUCGCUACCUGGAAGAGUUCAUCUCCAACAUCACCAAUGUGCCUCCAGACACCGUUAACACCACCAAACUCUAUGGCACUUCCACCUUUAAGGAUGCAAGGCAUGCAGCAGAAGAGGAGAUCUACAUGAACCUGAAUCUAAAGAUUGAUCAGUUCCUGCAGCUGGCAGAUUAUGAUUGGAUGGCAGCUCAAGGGGGCGGUCAGGCCAGUGACUACCUGAGUGACCUCAUUGCCUUCCUCUGCAGCACCUUUGCUGUGUUCACACAUCUGCCGGGCAAUCCCAUAGAGCACGCCAGAUUGCCGGGAAAGGUUGCUCAGACAGCAUGUAUGUCUGCAUGUAAACAUCUGUCCACCUCCUUGCUGCAGCUGCUGCUUGAAGCUGAUGUCAGGCAGGUAUCUAUGGGAGCUCUCCAGCAGUUCAACGUAGAUGUCAAAGAGUGUGAGAGGUUUGCCAGGGCCGGCCCGGUGCCUGGCUUCCAGGGGGACACUCUGCUGCUCGCCUUCAUCGACUUGAGACAACUGUUGGAUCUCUUCACUCAGUGGGAUUGGUCUACAUACCUCGCCGACUACGGACGUCCGACCUGCAAGUACCUGAGGGUCAGCCCGCAUACCGCUCUGGCCCUCCUGGAGAAGAUGAAGGAUACUAAUCGGAAAAACAACAUGUUCGCUCAGUUCCGUAAGAAUGAGCGCGACAAGCAGAAGCUCAUUGACACCGUGGUGAAGCAGCUGCGGAACCUUAUCGCCAGCCACCAGUCCUGAUUCCAUUGGUGGUUGUAUAUCAGCACAUAAGCUGAUUAUCCCCUGUGAAUUUCUUGACUAGUCGCUACCAGUAACUACACCUACACCACACUGGUGCCUGCUUUUGCUUUGUAAAAGAGCAGAAAGAAUAGAUUUACAAAACAAAUGUAAUAGACAACAGUUGACAAAUGGGUGCCGCAGGUCUUUCAAAGUAAGUAUUUGUUUUACCCAAAUGGUUCCAGCUAUGCCAGUUUUGCAGUUCUUUGUCUCGGCCUUUUAAUGUCUUCCUGACAGCAUCUCACUGGCCUCAGUAUCACUGAAUAUUGAAACUGCUCCCCCGUCUUCCUACAAUUCAGCACAACUCUUUUUUUUUUUUUUUAUGCCUGUCUCUCUAUGAGACUUUGGUUAUUAGCUUCACAUAUCUGUGCUUUUGACAAUAAGCAUUCAUAGCCGCAGGGACACUACAGUGCCCAGAAAAGAAAAAAAUAAAGAAAACCUGUGUUUUUGUGUCUACAGGAGCCUUUCUGUCAACUAGAGCAAAACCCUGUAGUUUACUAGAAGCUAUGUAAGAGAGAGGUUCUAUACGAGUUAAUGUAACCAAUCUACCAUGAGUUCUGUUGCAAGAAA